CGGACGGUUCUGGCAGCUCCCGGGGCUGGUGCGGAGCGGAGCGCUCGUCCGCAGGGGCAGUGGCGUCGGCAGGUGCCGCCGGAGCUCCGCGAUGAGGACCCUGUGGAUGGUGCUGUGCGCGCUGGCACGGUUGUGGCCGGGGGCCUUCGCGGGCUGCGCUGAGGCCGGGCGCUGCUGCCCAGGCCGGGACCCAGCCUGCUUUGCCCGCGGCUGGAGGCUGGACAGGGUCUACGGAACUUGCUUCUGCGACCAAGCCUGCCGCCUCUCUGGGGACUGCUGCUUCGACUACGCCAGGGCAUGCCCAGCUCGGCCCUGCUUUGUUGGAGAGUGGAGCCCCUGGAGUGGCUGUGCAGGCCAGUGCAGGCCAACGUCGCGCGUGCGCAGGCGCGUGGUGCAGCAGGAGCCCCUGAACGGUGGGGCACCCUGUCCGCCCCUGGAAGAGAGAGCCGGCUGCCUGGAGUACUCCACGUCGCAGGGCCAGGACUGCGGGCACUCCUUUGUCCCUGCUUUUAUAACUACCUCCGCAUUCAACAAGGAGAGAACAAGACAAGUUGCAUCUCCACAGUGGUCUACGCACACAGAGGAUGCUGGUUACUGUAUGGAGUUUAAGACCGAGUCCCUGACGCCUCACUGUGCCCUGGAAAACCGGCCCCUGACUCGAUGGAUGCAGUAUCUUCGAGAAGGAUACACAGUGUGUGUGGAUUGUCAGCCUCCAGCUAUGAACUCCGUGAGCCUUCGUUGUUCAGGAGAUGGCCUGGACUCCGAUGGAAAUCAGACUCUCCACUGGCAAGCCAUUGGUAAUCCUCGAUGUCAAGGGACCUGGAGAAAAGUCCGGCGAGUAGAGCAAUGUUCCUGUCCAGCUGUCCACAGUUUCAUUUUUAUAUAGCAAGCCAAGUAACUAUUUCAAAAUUUGUAUGUGAAUGUACUAAAUAUUGUUAAGUUGUCUUUAAUGCUUCAUAAACCUUCCCAAACUGCUUCGCUAGAAGUCCUGGCUAUGUCAUCACCGUAAUCUGCUGUUGGGAGAGAUCUCAAGGAACACAGUAACUUUCUUUUAAUUUCUACUAAGUUGAUGACCCAUGCUUGAAACACCUGUGGUCUUAUCCCUUUGACCUUCGACCCAGACUGAGACAUCUGUCUGUCUGCACUGGAAUUAUUACCAUGUGGUCUAUUAUGGGUAGGCUGUCAAGUGCCCCUGCUCUGAAUCUUAUAAGAUUUCUCUCCAGUUCAUAAUCUCUAAAAAGCUUUUCACUUUGGAGAGAGUGAGAUGGAUAAAGAAGCAAUGUACUCAGAAAUUAGCAUGUUGGAUUGGAACUCCUUUGUACAACUACUUAAAGAAUAAUAAAAAGUUUGAAACAUCCUCUAACUAAAUAAGUUUCUACAUAUAUAUGUAUAUGUGUACACAUACAUGUAAAUGUUUAUGUGCAUAUAUACAUACACAGAUAUACCCUCUCAAUACAUAUUUCUCAUAUAUUAUCCCAUAAUUAUUUUAAGCAAGUUGUCAUAAGCAAUUUUUGGCAGGGCAAGAUGUUUAAAAUUUUAGUAAGCAUUUCUUAAUGAGAAAUUAACAAGGGUGUGAAAAAGUUGUUU